AUGGGUGCCAGCGUUUGCGGCCGGAUCUGCGGUCUCCUCCGCCCAGACCCCGAGGCUCGACAGCUUCGCGAUGCCCCGACGACGCAGAUGAAGAGGCUGGAAGCGCAGCAGCCGGCGCCUUCAAGAGCAGGUGAGAAGUGCCCACAUUGUGAUGGUUGGGGGUACAUCAAUGCUGACGAUUCGGAUGAUAAUGAAGAGACCGGGAGGCCCGAAGCACGAGAAGACUGCGCGCAGUGCAAUGGCUCCGGCUUGGUUCUUGCGACUCCCCACAGCAUGGGCCGCAGAAGAACUGCGACAGCAAGAGGACUGCCGGGCGUCGAAGCGCUGCGGGCUCUGCAGUGA